UGCCGAGCGGGCAUGUCGUCAUGACGCCGAUGUCGUCGCUCCUGUGGCUUCUGCUGCCCGCUCUGUUCGCCGGCGUCGCAGACGCAACGGAGGCCAACCUGACGUGCUACCAGUGCGUGCGACAGGACUAUGAAGAAUGUGGCAACGACACGCUGCUGCCGUGUCCGCCGACCAAGGACCGCUGCGUCACGCACAUCGCCAAGGACAAGGAGAAGGGCCUGGUGGUGAAACGAGAGUGCGGCCUGGGCCCGUGCGGCUUCGACGACAGCAGCAUGAACCGCGGGCUGGGCCUGGACGGCUGCGACCGCUCCAAGGACGAGUUCUUCUGCCUGUCGUGCUGCACCACCAGCGGCUGCAACAAGAGCGCCGGCCGCCGGCAGGCCGCCUCGCCGCCGCCGCUGCUCCUGUCGCUGCUGCUGGCGCCGCCCCUGCUGCUGACGUCACUCCGCUCGCUCGGCCCCUGCGAGGCCGUCGGCGGCGCGGCCUUCUAGGGUCCCCCGCGCGCCGCGCUCCGCUAGGGAGGCGCCGCUUCCGGAACUUCACCUGCCGUCUGUCCGGAGUCACCGCACCGCCAGACUCGGCUACACCUCAGUAUGGCCGGUGCCGGGACGACCCGAGUUAUUCCCUUCAGCAGCGUUAGAAUGCAGCACUGUUGCACUGAGGCUUGGAUUAGACGUCGACAUCAGCCGUAGCUAGCUCUCAUAGCGCCGUGCUAUUACCGCAGUCGUGUACACAUCCUACCGACGAACAGAAUUUCUGUGUUAGAUUGUAAACAGUUACAGCAGCAGUGUGCAUAUGUAGUCUCGGUUGGUGGAAUUUACCGUACGUUUACAAAUUUUUGUGCCAAACAGAUUACUUAAAAUUUUAAAGACGCAACUCUUUUACAAAGGAUAGUAUUUAUCCGCAGAGUUACCUGAAGGCUUAUUUAAACGUGCAGUCCUCGUAGUUAGUCAUUUCUGUUGUGGACCUGCACGUAAUACUACUAACCUGUUGCCUGCCCAUCACACUAAAUUGGCCACACCUGGUCGUGAAUGUGAUCGCGAAAUCAUUGUCUUUCCAUCAUCGUACCGUGUUGUACCUGUGCCUGCACCUUCAGGAAUCAUCAUCUCAUAUUUUUUAUGUGCUGUAUAAAAUUUUCUCCUCGGGUCUUCAACUUUAUUAAGUCGCUGGCUACCGAUGUUCCGACUAAGGGACUUUUUGCCAUCCUCAUCUGCUUGACGACACUCUACAGAUUUGGUGGGAAAAUCUCCGUUAGCACGCCACUUUUAGCAUUGGGGUCGGUUGUAAAGGACGUAGUUCAGUCCAAAGCUAUCCUCAACGGUAUUCUUCGCUGUUUCUUCGGGUCCGAUUCCAGCAAUAGUGCAGUGACAAUAGCCACCUUGAGAAAGAACGUGAUCUUAUCUGUUCAUAUUUAUGCUUUUGUGACCAUCGAAUCACUUAUCUUGUAUUGUCAAAACUUCGGCAUUUCUGGUCGAUUUGCGUUAUUCUGAUUAACGUUUCGUUUCGUACUACGUAUCAGUACCUGCCGUUAGAGGAGUAUCACUGUUGGUGCGGACACUGAUUGUAUUUACGCAUUUUUCCAUUAUUCCGUAUGCAGUCCAGCUGCAUGCUGCAGCAGAGAUUUAUAUUUGUCAUCCAUACUCUUAAAACUAUAUUAUUUUCGAUAUACUUUAAAUAAACGAAUGUGGUAACUGCUGGCUUAGGCCAGAAUUUGUAUCUCCCAACAUGUAAUGCAUAUAUUACUUUUGCAGUACCUCUCGAAUGCCCCUGUGUGCUUUGUGCUCCAGAAUCCCCAUAUCCGAAUAUCAUUCAAACUUACACUUUCCAGUUUUCAAGCUGGUCUCUAUUGUGGUGGGGAGACCAAUUGCGCCGAGUUUCUGCAUCGCCCUUAAGAAUGUCAUUACAUAGCAUUUGUGUAAAAUCUCGCUCAUCUCCAUUGUGCGCCGGAAGAAAGAAAAGAGCGAUAUCCUUUCUCAGCAUAGAAUCUUUUGUCCUUGUUCCCGUUAUGGUCUAACCUCCCGUAUUCAUUUUCAUCUCCGCUAAGGAGUAUCCAUCGCUCUGAGAAUAUACCUUAAUUAUUGUAGGCAAUCGGAGGCAAACAUGUCAGCCGGAGACCACGUAAGAAUAUCCCCAGCCACAUUAUCAUUCCCCGCUAUCACACAAAAAUUAAAUGGAAUAAACAUAUAUCUAAUUUGAAAUUACGCACGAAUGUGUAGGUUAUAUUUUCACUAAAUAUUAUUACCACCUCAAACACGGGCAGUUGAAGUUUUUACCCUGACCGAAGACUUAAGCAAACCUUAUAUGAAUUCUAGAGUCCAUGCGUAACAGAACAGUCGUCUAGAUGGGCAGUUCUACUUUCGCCAAUGCCACACAAUUACAUCUGCUGCUAUAUUCCAUUUACCCCUGGAAAGUAUGUUCCCAGUUCUGCCAUAAUCGUUGGAAGCAGAAAGAAGAAACUUUCGCUGUGACAAAACUGCAGAUUAAGUAGUCACACAUUAAUCGAUCGGACGAGAGCGGUUGUUUGCUGCGAGUGUGCAGCAAUCUACUGAUCGGGCAGAUGAUUAAAGUACUCUCAGACGAUCGUGUGACAACGUAGUGGCACCCUGGCGUGCUAGAGAAUUAACCUCUGGUUCUCAUACUCUGCUUCGAGUUGUGGUAAGACCAUCAUGUUCUCCAAAGACGCUAAAGUGAAUCUCUCAUGCCAGCAGCACACGCUUUGAAAUGACAGCAUUGAAACUUACAGUUUCUCUCUCCAGAAAAGUUGAGAACAUUAUCACCUUAUGGUUGGCUUUGGUGGAAAUACAGCCUUCUGAAAUAGUAUUGUAACUUGUAAUCACUUUGCACUUUCAUUGUGGCUAUACACCAUGUAGCGGUAACGGAUUGCGUAUCUGAGCCGCGGUAAACUUCCGUAAAACUGUGGUCUUUGGUCUCGCUUUCAUCACAAUAAUAAAUUAUAACAAGAAGCAGUAUUCAUAAUCUUACAUUUUCAAAACAGAAUAACACAUCCAAAAACUGGUGGCACCAGUUUGCAUUGCAGUACCAAGGUUAUAAUUUAUAGCUAUCACUUUCGUAAUCUCUCUGCUCAUCCUUUGACGAGCUCUUGUCCAGUAAAUAAGCAGACCUCUGGCUACUAUUGUGUCGAAAACAUGCGAACUGUCAAGUACUUUUGGUAAGACCGAUAGUAAGACCGUCAGCAGUAAAAUAAGACAACAAAAACAAAAGUUUGAGAAAACUGCAAACUCUUCAGCUAACCAUUUGUUUGUGGCUGUACUUUUGUUGCAACUUGUGUCGGUGUGGGAGUGUGGGAGCCAUCGCAACCGACUAUACUCCACUGUCGAAGCUUUACACAAAUGUCUUCCGUCAUUUUGCAGUUGCAUUUUCAUUUCAUGUUCACCUGUAAAAUAAGCAACCGCAUCAUUUAGAAUCCAAAUGUAUGAGCACAAAACAACAACGAUCUCCCUACGCUCCACAGAAAUUUGACAUAUAUAUGUGACUAAAUAUUAGGUUAAAGCAGAAAGAACCUGUAAAUAAUACUAAACAUUUUCGGUUACUUGUUAUAUAAAUUAGAAUACCAGAGGGAUGUAAAUGUUAAGUGGACGAAAGUUUAUCCCUGUACCGUUCAUUAUAGCGAAAGCUUUUAUUAAAUAUUAACAUUUCAUAUAUAGUCAUCCAAAAUGCCGAUCUGUAAGUCCUCGUUUUUCAAAGGAAAAUUCUUGAUUUCGUUUGUUUGAGAUGUUCUGUGUUUUUAAUUAAGAUUAAACCAAAGAACUUUUGAUAAACUUUUCUUCUAACAAAGUCAAGUCCUUUCAUUCACGAUACUGAUGGGAAUAUUUUCUAUAAAAAAGCGUUUGUCAUUCCAUUUACUUACAGUGUUACAGUUAAUAUCUACUCUUGUAAUAUAUAUAUAUAUAUAUAGUUAAUACUUACGAUAACUGAUACUAAAGCAAUAUUAUCGACAGGAUUUGAUUAUCUUUUUCAAAUACAUUUGUAUUAUUA